AUAAACAGAGAGAGCUCAAAAGAGGAAUUAGGGUUUGAUUGAUAUGCUCAGAGGAAGAGAAAGAGGAAGAAGAAUCGUACAAUUCCGCCAUUAAAGCUUCCACCUUUAAUGGCGACAACGACUAUUUCUUCCUUCUCUCUUUCUCUUCCUCAACUUCUGCGUAAACCCACAAAGCCUCUUCCUUUCAUCUUCCUUCUCCCUCGAUUCAAUCGGAGAUUUCGAGCUCUCACUAUCACUGCUUCUUCUUCGAGCAGUUUCAGUAGUAAUCAUGGCGGCGAUGAUGGCUUCUCUCUCGACGAUUUCACUCUUCGUUCUGAUUCUCGAUCACCUAAUCCUUCGAAAAAAUGUGUCCUUUCUGAUCUUAUACAAGAGAUUGAGCCAUUAGAUGUGAGUUUGAUUCAGAAGGAUGUUCCAGUGACUACUUUGGAUGCAAUGAAAAGAACAAUCUCGGGGAUGUUGGGUCUUCUUCCUUCUGAUAGGUUUCAGGUUCAUAUUGAAUCGCUUUGGGAACCUUUGUCUAAGCUUUUGGUUUCAUCAAUGAUGACUGGGUAUACGUUGCGGAAUGCUGAAUAUAGGCUUUUUCUUGAAAAAAAUCUUGAUAUGCAUGGAGAAGACUUGGAAAGCCAUACGCCGGAACAUACUGAAUAUGAUUUGAAAGGGACUGGUGAGAGUGAUGGUCCAUCCACAAGGAAUAGCUUAACUCAGAGCCUUGCUGAAAUGAUUGAUGAAGAAGGUUUGGGCAAAGUAUCCUUUGAAGCUCAAGAAUAUAUCUUCCGUUUACAGUCGCAAUUGUCUUCUGUGAAAAAGGAAUUACAAGAAGUGAGGCGAAAAAACGCUGCCCUUCAAAUGCAACAAUUUGUUGGGGAAGAGAAGAAUGAUUUACUGGACUACUUAAGAUCUUUGCAACCUGAAAAGGUAGCUGAGUUAUCAGAACCCGCGGCUCCAGAGGUGAAAGAGACAAUUCAUUCUGUUGUUCAUGGUCUUUUGGCAACCCUGUCACCGAAGAUGCACUCCAAGUUUCCAGCAUCAGAAGUUCCACCUACUGAAACGGUAAAAGCAAAUAGUGAUGAAGAUUGUGCUGAACUUGUAGAGAACACAUCGUUGCAGUUUCAGCCUAUUAUCUCACUGACUCGAGACUACCUUGCUCGUCUCCUCUUCUGGUCCAUGCUGUUGGGACAUUAUCUAAGAGGUUUGGAAUAUCGAAUGGAACUGAUGGAAGUUCUUUCUUUGACGUGCGAUGCAAAUGGAUCUGAGAACGGUGCUUGAAGCUAUCUUCAUAUAUCCCGACAUUGUCCCACAUCCGUAUCAUCGGCCUAGACAUUCGUAAACCAGCAAAGUGGGCAAGUGACUUGGAGACAGGCCAGCGUUCGAGUUUAGCUCUUACAUACAACAUGGAGUUGACCUGAAAAUCAUGUGCAAGGUGAAGUGUAACAUAAGAAAUUACUUCUGCUAAAAAUUUUUUUUUCUUAUUGCAGUAUGUGUGAUUGGACCUGCAAAUCAAUAAAGCUAAGUGUAACUGUAAUUGGGAAUAUACUCUUUUGGUCAUUAAGUAUAGUUUGUCCUGCAA